UAUGAACUGUGAUACACUAACCAAAAUAAUGCACAAUUUCGAAUAACUGUGCAAUAUCUGUGACGAAUUGUUGAUGUUUGUGAAUUCAUUUCAGAGGAGUCAGUUCGUUUGUGCUUUUGAUAUUCGCGUUGGUGCCAAAAGUUCGAUCACGACCAAUUGGUGCCUAUAUCAUGCUUUCAAUUUUAAUCGCAUUGUUGUCUGUGGGAUUGGCUGCCCUUUUGUCGCCUGUUGGACUGAAAGCUGGACUCAUAUCUCUGGCCUGUAUACUUGUGGUGGAAAUUCCAAUAGUUGUGUUGGCUAUGCGCAUGCGUCGAAUGAGUGAAAUGGGGCUGAUAGUGUUCAACUCGAUCACAAUGUUUUUAGUGAUUGUGGGACUCAUCUUGAGCAUUUCGGAUGUGUUCUUCAAGCAAAAUAUAAUUGUCUUUAUGGCAGUAGCUUUCUGGAUAUUAUACCCACUCUUCUUAUUGUUCAUUUGUGUCAAUAAUCACGACUUGAUCGGUUGGUGGAUGGAUUUUAUUGCCGUGGAAUUUACCACAGCGUUCAUCAUUUGGUCUUGUACGAUCUUCAUUUUCGGCUUGUUAGAAAGCAGUUUGGCAUUCUUCUUCAAUGAAACAAAACAACAGUCUGGUUUGUGAAAUUCUUCUUCCGGCUUAUAUUUAUUGACAGACAGUAGAAUAGGACGAUGUCACUCUGUGGGCAUCUUCAUUUUAAUUUUGAUUUUUGUGAUUUCUAGUUCCUCUUCAAGAGAGAAUGUUAAUCAUAGUUUACCUUUCUCAUAUUAAGUGUGCUAUUACUUGCACAGACAUUUACACUGAUAUUCGUCUUUUGUAAUAAGAACACAAACC